UGCGUCCCCCGCGCGCGCCUGCUGCCUCCCCUGUCCUGUCCUGUCCACUCCUCACGGCCCACGAACGGCUCACAAUAAAAGCUGUGUUCCUUUAACGAUGACUUUGGUGCGGAUUAUUGUUGGAUGAACUCUGUCGUCAGCUGUGACAUGAACACAAACAGUCCUGCAAUGGCAGACCCAAACUUUCAAACACCUUCCUCUGGCUCAUCUGCUAAACUUGAUCAUGUACAAGGUCAGGUCAAUGAGGUGAAAGUUAUACUCAAAGACAAUAUCAACAAGGUGCUGGAAAGAGGGGACCGAUUAGAUGAUCUCAUUGGCAAAACAGACGACCUACAAGCAUCUGCUGACUCCUUCCAAAGAACGUCUUCUCGAGUUGCCAGGAAAUACUGGUGGAAAAAUAUUAAGAUGAUGAUCAUAAUAGGUGUGGUUGUUUUGAUCAUUGUCAUUCUCAUCAUUUUGUUUGCCACAGGGGUUAUAUAAAUCUUAAAGAUGAUAAGAAUUAUAUUUAUCAAAAUACCGAGCACUUUUCAAUUGUACUGGUGGCCUGUAUAAAGGUAAAAUCAAUGUAUUUAAGUCUAAAUCGCUUAAGCCCAACGUUUAUAGCUUGGCUAUUCCAUGUAUUUCUUAAUUAGUCAUUUAAAAGUCCUAAAA